CAGUUCCCGUCCACAUCACCCCGACACUCUCUCCCCUCCACCUCUCCAACCCCCAACGUUCGAGUCACAAUGCCUGCCGCUAUCCCCCCAAUCACCGGCAUGCUCCGCCGGGGUCUCGUCCUGGACCUGAGCGUCGCUUUCGGCUUCGGUACUACCUUCGGCUACCUCUGGUGGUACGGCUUCCACCUUCCCCGUGUCCGUGAGCGUGAUGUCUACUACGCUCGCCUCGAGGCUGACCGUGCCGCUGGCCGCGUUUAA